AUGAAAACACUUUCCGGAAACAGAACGACCGCCACAAAGCAGCGACGAGUUCCGCGCCGGGUAGCGAUCCAUCGUCCGAGGCGCCGGAGACAACCCUUUUGCCCGUUAAGUAGUGCUCGCAACAAUCCGACGGAGCUGGUACGUAGUACACACCUUUUGCGAACCGUUAACCCUCGCAAACGAACCGGCCAUCAGGAUUUGGAUAUUCCGGCGGAACAACGCCGUACUGUGGUUUGCGAUGGUGAGAACUUAGCCUACAAUCCGGUUUUCAAAUCGUUCGAUGCGUCUCGAAUAAGCGCCGCUGUUUCAUAUUUCGAAAGACUUGGUCAUCGAACAGUGGUACUGAUCCCAAUGGAAAUGCUCGAUCGACUAAAAAGCACCAACGUUUUGAACAGUUUAUACAACGAAAACAAAUUGAAGCUAAUGGAAAGUCGAAUGGCGGAAACCGGUGAAGAAAACACUGCGCUAGAAAUUGAGCUGUUACGAUACGCAAUACAAGAAAAUGCCGCCAUCAUUUCUGAAAGAGAUUUUCCAAAUUCAUGUAACGCAGACGGCAGCUUUAUGCCAGUAUUGCGUAACCGAGUGAUCGGAUAUUGCUUCUUCAAAUCUACGAUAUUUAUCCCGGAUGAUCCGUACGGACGAAGUGGUCCGUGGUUAAACGAUAUUCUGAGGAAAUAA